AUGGUGAGCUCCAUGGAUAACUGUGGUCCUUUAUCAAGAAUUACUAUUGCUUUUAGAACUGGUCCUCGCCAUGAAACAAACAAAAAUCUUGGGGUUACUCAUGUCAUACGAUCAAUGGUUGGAUGGUCAACUCGAACUUGCACUGGUUUUGCAAUUCAUAGAAAUUUAGCACAGCAAGGAGUUCACUUAACUUGCACUGGAGAUAGAGAAACUACUGCAUUUAAUGUUGUAGGAACAAGAACCCACAUUAACAGUGCAUUGAAGUAUUUAAAUGCAGUGGCCUGCUCCCCAGCUUUCAAGCAUUGGCAAAUUAGCGACAAUUUGCCUCGUUUGAAAUAUGAAAUUGGAGUGGUUCCACCUCUUGCAAAAUUGUUUGAAUCUUUACACAAAGUUUGUUUUAGAACAGGCUUAGGCAAUUCCUUGUUUGUCGAUAAAGAAUAUAUUGGAACUCAUACUUCUGACAUGUUGACAGAAUUUUACUCAGAUGGAUUUACAUCCAAUAGAUGUGUCGUUGUUGGUCACAAUGUAGACCAUAAAGAAUUAAUUCAAUUUUCUGAAUGCUUAAAUUUAUUAUCAAAUGAUAUAAGCCCAGGAAAUGCACGUUAUUAUGGGGGAGAAAUAAGAAAAAAUAAAAACUCACAUUUUGCUCAUGUUGCCAUUGCAACUGAAGGAGUUGGAAAAAAAGAUUUAAAAGAAGCAUUAGCAUAUGCUGUCUUGCAGAAAGCUUGGGGUACUCAUCCAAGUGUUGCUUGGGGAGGAUCACCUUCUCCUCUGUAUAAAAAUGUAGUUGGCCCUGCAAAACAUGUCGGUGCCACUUGCUUUAAUAUUAAUUACACUGACAAUGGACUUUUUGGUAUUGUAAUUUCAGGACCAGCUUCAAAUAUUGGAGCAACACUUGGUCCAGCUGCAAAGCUUUUGAAAAGUGGAACAGUUUCAGAGGAAGAUUUUAAAAGAGGCAAAGUUAUGCUAAAAUUAGAGUUGUUGUCUUCAUAUGAAAAAUCUGAUUAUGUUGUUGAAGACAUGGUAAAUCAGUCGCUUGGCGGUGAUGUAAUAAUUCCUGGACCAUUAUUGGCUGAAGCUUUGGAUAAAAUUAAUUAUGCUGAUGUUAGCAAAGCAGCAAGUGCAUUAUCUAAGAAAAAUAUGUCUAUGGCUGCAAGAGGAGAUUUAAGAGAAGUUCCAUACUUAUCCGAUUUGUAA